CAAAACAGAGUAACUUAAAGCUUAGGAAUUGUGUAUUUAAAUUCCUACUGAUUGAAUAUUAUAAUGAACAGUAUGUUUAUAAAGUCAGGGGAUACACAGUACUCAGGUUCAAGCAAUUAAGUGUGCUCCCCUUCCUCUUUGUUACCUAGGAGUUGCAAAAAUGAGGAUUUCUCCAGUGAGAGAAGCUGCUUUCCAAUGCUGAGGUAGUGCAGAAGGAUUAAACAAUAAAGCGGAGGAGGCAACUGCCCUAAUUUGGUGUGAGAACAUUUGUGUGAUGCCUCCAGCUAUGUCUUGCAAUAUGCACUGCAAUAAGCAUCAAAUUUCUCCUGUGUUUGGACAGACGAGCUGGAGUCUGUACUGAAUGCUGUCUCAUACUGCUGACAGCCCAGAUGACUGUACACCGAAAGAGAAGCAAUGCGAGUAAACUGAAACAUUAAUAGAGAGGCAGCUGGAGUAAGGAUAGAAAGAAGUCAGCCCAUCAUUUAAAAGCACACUAGUAGAGGACACUUCAGAAUGCGUGAAUGCAUCUCUAUUCAUGUUGGCCAGGCUGGAGUUCAGAUAGGAAAUGCGUGCUGGGAACUCUUCUGCCUGGAGCAUGGCAUUCAGCCAGAUGGCACCUUCAAGGAUGUGCAGGAUAAACUCAACAAUGAUGACUCUUUUACUACGUUUUUCAAUGAAACAGGCACUGGGAAGCAUGUGCCACGGGCUGUAAUGGUGGACUUGGAACCAAGUGUAGUCGAUGAAGUGCGGGCUGGGACUUUCCGGGAACUUUUUCAUCCAGAACAACUGAUCACUGGAAAGGAAGAUGCAGCCAAUAACUAUGCCCGUGGCCACUACACCAUUGGCAAAGAAAGCAUUGAUAUUGUGCUUGAUCGUGUCCGUAAACUGACUGAUGCCUGUUCUGGGCUGCAAGGGUUCCUGAUCUUCCACAGCUUUGGUGGGGGUACCGGCUCUGGCUUCACCUCCUUACUAAUGGAACGACUCUCCGUGGAUUAUGGAAAGAAGUCCAAACUGGAGUUUGCAAUCUACCCAGCCCCACAGGUUUCCACUGCUGUGGUGGAACCCUACAAUUCUAUCCUGACCACACAUACCACCCUGGAGCACUCAGAUUGCGCCUUCAUGGUGGAUAAUGAAGCCAUCUACGACAUCUGCCGCCGAAACCUGGACAUCGAGCGUCCCACCUACACCAACCUCAACCGUCUCAUCAGCCAGAUUGUCUCCUCCAUCACGGCUUCACUGCGCUUCGAUGGUGCUCUCAAUGUGGAUCUGACAGAGUUCCAGACAAACCUGGUGCCCUACCCGCGCAUCCACUUCCCCUUAGUCACCUAUGCCCCCAUCAUCUCCUCUGACAGAGCGUACCACGAGCAGCUCUCAGUGGCUGAAAUCACCAGCGCCUGCUUUGAGCCCAACAACCAGAUGGUAAAGUGUGACCCAAGACAUGGCAAGUACAUGGCUUGCUGCAUGCUGUACCGUGGUGAUGUGGUUCCCAAGGAUGUCAAUGUCGCAAUUGCUGCCAUCAAGACCAAGAGAACCAUCCAGUUUGUCGACUGGUGUCCAACAGGCUUCAAGGUUGGGAUCAACUAUCAGCCUCCUACUGUAGUUCCUGGUGGAGACCUAGCCCAAGUUCAGCGAGCAGUCUGCAUGCUAAGCAACACCACGGCCAUUGCAGAGGCUUGGGCCAGGCUCGACCACAAGUUUGAUCUGAUGUAUGCCAAGAGAGCUUUUGUGCACUGGUAUGUGGGUGAAGGCAUGGAGGAGGGAGAAUUUGCAGAGGCCCGAGAGGAUCUGGCUGCCCUGGAGAAGGACUAUGAGGAAGUGGGAACUGACUCAUUUGAAGAAGAAAAUGAUGGGGAGUAAUUUCAAAAUACACCUUGUUCCUAGUGAGC